GAUUGUCAUGAUUAUCACAGACUCGCACGUCCAUCCGACAUCACACUUAUUACUAAAUCAAGAACCGCCUGGUGAUUGAUUCAAACAUCUGCAAUUAAAACAUGGGGGAACAUAAUUGUGGAUGCGCAGUGCAGGGACAGGCAAGGGCUAAGAAUGGAGAUGCAGCUUAUAAGUAGUUUAAGAACUGCAUCCGUCGUGGUUGAUAUACGAUGUGGUUGUUGCUAGUGCUUCAUAGGUCGAGAAGUAUAAUAUCACAUUGACCUCGCCUUACCUCACCUCACCUCGCCUCACUUCACCUCAACGUCACUUCAUUUGGACCUCAUUCUAUUGCUUGCUGACCUGGAUAUAUAAUUUGCAUCUUCGUUCCGAUUCACUUUCCCCGGCUGCGAAAGACGCGAAGAAGAAUAUUCAUAUUCACCGUAGACUUGUCACCAAUCUCAUCGGAAUAACGGAUUCACGCUUGGGAACGGCUUGAUACCUUUUGUGUCACUUUUGUUCGUGUACAGGUCAACAAGGUGAUUGGACCAUAUCGAGGAUCUGAAGACGCACUAAGGGUGAAUCUUUUCUCCACGACGGCUUCAAAAGAUCUCUACCGCAGCGGGAAAUUCGCAUAAGACUUUCUUCCUACCACUUCUCAAAUCUCUCCCCUUCAACUCUCCCACACCAAACAACUUCUUCAUCCGCCCACCCAUCGACCGUCUUUUCCAUUAAGAGAUCGAUCUCCAACUCACGUUACACUCUUUCUCAAUAAUACCAAUCAUACCUAAUAUCCCAAAACAUUAAUUCGCAUUCGUCCAUUCAAUAUGGAGAAAGAAGCGGCGCAUGCGCAUUCCCCAGAGGUUGCCUCCGUUCAAGAUAAUGUCGAUUUUCGCACCAAUACUCCUACUACCGCCGUCGAUCAGCAUGGAUGGAAGCAUAAGCAUCGUCAAUUCCUAGGCAUGACCUUUUGGUAUGCAUCUCCUCGAGUUCAACUUACCAUGGUUGCAUUCGUCUGCUUCCUCUGUCCGGGUAUGUUUAAUGCGCUUGGUGGUCUUGGUGGUGGUGGAAGAUCAGAUACUACUCUUGCAGACCAUAUGAACACCGCUCUAUACUCAACCUUUGCAGUCUUCGCUUUCUUCGGUGGAACUUUCGUCAAUAAAUUGGGUAUCAAGGUUUGUUUGGCCUUUGGUGGUAUUGGAUAUUGUAUUUAUGCAAUUUCUCUCCUCGCCUCUGUUCACGCACAUGUUGAUGGCUUUAACAUCUUCGCCGGUGCGCUUCUUGGUAUUUGUGCUGGUCUAUUGUGGACUGCGCAAGGAACUAUCAUGGUUUCCUAUCCAUAUGAAGGUGACAAGGGAAAAUACUUUGGUAUUUUCUGGGCUGUUUUCAACUUUGGUGCUGUCCUUGGUGCUUUGAUCCCACUUGGUCAAAAUAUCAAUGUCAAAACCAACAGUACUGUCACUGAUGGAACCUAUAUCGCAUUUAUCAUUCUCAUGUUUGCCGGUGCUGUUCUAGCUCUCUUUUUAUGCAACGCCGAUGAUAUUGUUCGACCUGAUGGUACCAAAGUUGUUCUCAUGAAACAUCCAUCCUGGAAAUCCGAAUUUAUCGGUCUUUACGACACCAUUGUUCAAGAACCAUUCAUCAUCCUCCUCUUCCCCAUGUUCUGGGCUUCCAAUUGGUUCUACACUUAUCAACAAAAUGGAAUCAACGCUGCUGUUUUCAAUACCCGUACUCGUGCUCUCAACAACGUUUUAUACUGGACUGCACAAAUUUUCGGCGCCAUCAUCUUCGGUUUCGGUCUCGAUGCUGGUAACUUCCGUCGUUCGGUUCGUGCCAAGUCUGCUCUCGCUCUCCUUUUCUCUAUCACCAUGGUUACUUGGGGUGGUGGAUAUGCUUUCGAAAAAACCUAUACCCGUGAGAGCGUCAGUUCAGGAGAUUAUGUUCCUGUCGACUGGACUGAUGGAGGUAAAAAAUACAUUGGUCCUAUGUUCCUCUACAUCUUUUAUGGAUUCUUCGACUCUGCAUGGCAAGGAUCGGUAUACUGGUUCAUGGGUGCUCUUUCUAACUCUGGUCGUAAAUCUGCCAAUUACGUCGGCUUUUACAAGGGUAUUCAAUCAGCUGGCGGUGCGGUCAUGUGGGCAUUGGAUGCGAAGAAAAUUUCCUACCAUGAUGAAUUCAUCAGUAACUGGAUUCUCCUCUCCGUCUCUUGCGUCAUCGCUGCUCCGGUCAUUUUCUUGAGAAUCAAGGAUACGGUUACCGUCGCGGAAGAUUUACAAGGCACGGAUGAAACACUCGCAGAUGUGGUUCCGGAAGGCCACGAGGAGAAGUUGGGUGGGGGUCAUGAAUUGAAUACUCAUGCUCGUUCUGAUCAUGUUUAGAUACUCGUUUCUUUUCGGGUUGCGUGCGUCUUAUUACUCAUUCUUUUUUCGAUUUGAGAUUAAUUUAUCGCGUGGGCUUUUGUGGAUUUUGCUUUGGGGUGUGAUUUCUGGGGUUUGUGGUGGUGGGGAUGGGGAUGGGGAUGGGAGGGUUGAAAUGAAUGAAUGGAUACAUUGAUUAAUGGAUGCGUUGAUGCAUUAAUGCAUUGAUUGAUGAAUGGCAGGAUGGAUGAAUGGAUAAAUGAAUAGCUAAAUAAGAAGAUAAACAUACUUCAUUCCUAAUUUGCGCUCUCUCUCUCUCUCUCUCUCUCUCUCUCUCUCUCUCGCUUCUCAUCAUCUCUCACCAUUCAAUACGCUAUUUCGGGAAAAUGUAACGUUCUUUCUAAUCAUAGCUAGUUUUUGGUCAGUCAGUCAGUCAGUCAGUUGAUUCUAUCUCUCUUUUUGUCUUGUUCUUGCUCUUGCUCUUGUUGAUAAGUCAGAUUAGACUAGAUUAGAUUAGGUUAGGUUGGGUUGGAUUUGAUUGAAAUGGAUUGGAGAGAGAGAGAGAGAGAGAGAUGAAUAAGCUGGAUUGGAAUUAUGAAUUAUAAGAAUUACA